AGCUUUAAUCGAUUUUACUAAACGUUAUCCUAAGAGAAAACAUGAGUGUGGCACUCCAAUGUAUCAAAUACAGGCUCUGAUAAAUAUGAAACGAAUCUUCUUUGGUAUCAAUAUUUGUAAUAUUGUUCUAUGAUAGCAUUUAUUUAUUGAUCUAUUGACCAUGUAUCGUUAGGUUUUUUUAUCCACUCAUUUUGCCUUUCACAGACCAUCAACAGUGGAAAGUGGUGGAUAGCAACGACGCAAGAAAAGAAUCUCCAUAGUGUCUCAAGCUGUUUUUGCUCGGUGAAAAUUACUCACAAAACUCAGGGGAGACCUCUGACCAACAAUCAGUAAAUAAUGAACUUACAAUAAUAAUAACCAAGGGAAUAUCCUUUCUACUACUGUGUUACUGUUUUGUGUACAAUCAAUCAGACAAGAUGUCUAUAUUCAUGCAGAUUGCUCAAGUCACUGACCAUCUCUUUUUGUGCAGCGCCUCUGCGUUGUCAGAGAAACGCAUAAAAGAGCGUGGGAUCACAUGCAUCAUUAACAUCACAAUGGAGGUACCAAAUCUGAGAAUCAAAGGAGUUGAAGCUCUUCAGAUUAAUGUGGAUGAUGUUCCACACACCAAUUUGGCUGUGUAUUUUGACCGCUGUGCUGAUAAAAUCAAAAGUGUGCAAAGCAAAGGAGGGAAAACUUUGGUCCACUGUAUCGCAGGGGUCAGUCGAUCGGCCACCAUCUGUAUUGCCUACAUGAUGAAACACUAUAAGAUGUCCCUGAGAGAUGCAUUCAGCCAUGUCAAAGCCAAAAGACCCUUUAUUAGACCUAAUGUGGGCUUCUGGAAACAGUUGAUAGAAUAUGAGAAGAAAUUGAAAGGAAAGAACAGUGUCAAGAUGGUGUCGUCUCCCAUAGGAUGGAUACCAGAUGUGUAUUCAGAUGAAGCAAAGAGCAUGGUUUGGGAAACAACUUAUAACAGCACUUUCGGGAAAAAGAAACGAUAAAGUAAAUUCAAUUUCUGAAGUAACUAGUUGUAUCACAUUUCCAUAGCCUGGAGAUAUUAUUGUGACUCAUACUGCAUAGUGCUUGUAAGAUUUUCAUUAUAUUUCUCAAUAGGAUACAGGAGCUUUUAUAAAAAUAGGUAUUUGUAAUUUAUGUUCUUUUGUUCUUACAAUGUACUGCAGUACAUAUUGAUAAUCACACAUUUUAUGCACUAUGACAGUAAUUUACUCAGUAAUUUCCAUAUAAGUCAAUGAUACAACCAAAGAUAAUUUUUGAUAUAUAUAAAAUCAAGAAUGUAUUACAAAAAUGUUCAACCAAAAUGUUCAAAAUCAGCCUGGAAAAUGGGUUAUCUCUAGUCAGUUUUUAUGAAGAUGUUAUGGUACCUGUGAAAUCCUGAAUAUUUUAACUUUUUUGUAAAUGUAUCAUUUGAUUUCAUAAAUUGGCAUAAAAAGCGAUAUUUGAAAUCUUCUUUGUAAUGCAUUCUUGGUAUAAUUUAUAACCAAUAUGAUAUGCAUGUUAUAUAUUUCUUUAAAUCAUUAAGGUAUUAUAUCUUAGUUAUGGUCAAAAAGGUUAAUCAGAUGUCAUUCUUGCCAAUAUUGAGCUCAAAUAUCCACUCUUGGUGAUUAUGUUAUGGUUAUUUGACUGAAAACUAAAAAAAACCCUGUUUACUACAACAUUUGAGUGAUCUUAUGAAUUUGAUGUGAUACACUAAGUUUACUGCAGCUGUCACAUUAUGUGAAUCUCUGUGUAUAUUUUUAUUAUUUCAUAAUUAGGUUUUAUCAGAGUAUAUCACUGCCAUUGGUGCCACAGUUUUGAUUGAUUUUAAGCAUACACUUGUAGGCCAUUCUUUUUGUCUCAUUUUCUUGUGUCUGCCAGCACAUUUAUUCAUGAAAGGAAUAAAAUCUAAAUUCCAUAUUAUAUUUUUGAUGCUAUUUGCAGAUUUUUUCAGUAUCCGAAAUAGUAGUUAAAUAGAAAGCUGAUUUCUUAUAGCAGUUAUUCUACAUUGACAGCAACAACCAAGAACUGUGCUGUGCACUUUGUAACUACCUAGAUGCUGGUGUUUAAAUAUUACAAUCUGAUAGCACCACCACAUAUAACAUUAUUGAAAAAGGAUGGCUGAAGUAGCAAAUGUUACAACUUACCAAGGAGAAAUCACCAAUUUUUGUUUUAUUUUGUUUUAUUUACCAUCUGCACUGACAAAAGAUUUGCCCCAAAUCUGCAGAUAUUUAAUUAUGAAUAUGUUUUUAAGUCACAAUACAAUUAAUUUUUCCUCACUUUGCAAGUGUUUUCUUUUUUUUUUUUAAUUUAAUUAUUUAUAAUUUUUUGUUAACGUUACUAUUUAUUCAGUGUUGAUAUGGAGUACACUAUGUAAGUCAGUGAUUGGGUUGUUAUAUUGUUAUAAAGUCAUGUUUCUGUUAUGUGUUUAUUUAUUUGAAGUAAACCUUUCACAAUGUAUAUUGACACUUUUAUUCGUUUUAUUUUAUCUAAUUUGAUUAUGCUUUUAAUUUUGUUUAUUUACUCUGCAGAAGCAAUUGUGGGUUGCAGUUAAAAGUCACAUCUAUCACAUUUUGGUUUUACAUAUAUUCAAACUAAGAGACUGGUCAGAACGAGGCAGGGCACAUAUGGUUUUAU